AAACAGAUGAAAUUGGGCCGACGGUGAGCACUUCUCCAUCCUUUCACUUGACUCGGAAAUCUUCACAUUCAGUCUAUAAUAAAUCAAUUGAGACGCCAAGUAUCGUAGGUAUCCCCAAAAUGUUUUGUCGGCAAAAAAUCAUUGGUGCAUGAAAGCAUAUGUAGCCAAGGCUCUUCCGUUGCAAAACAAUCAAUUUCCUAAACGUUCAUCAGCUUAGCUGUUACAACCAUAAAUGGGGAACGCUCACCCCCACCGCAAGCACCGUAACCACCACCAUCACCCAACGCCUACCCCUCCUUACUAUAUAUCUCCCCAACCUUAUGUCCCAAGCUACAUGCCACAACCCCACAUGCCUCACUCUUUGCCUUAUUUAAAUGUCGACUCUAGUCUUCGAGCUCUUGCCGGUCAAGCUGAGGGCUUUGGUCGCUUCGCCAUUGGUGGGUUGCACGGUCCUAUCUACCAUGUUACUACUUUAUCCGAUGAUGGACCAGGAUCGCUGCGUGAUGGUUGCCGCAGAAAAGAACCCCUUUGGAUUGUCUUUGAAGUUUCAGGAACCAUUCAUCUUUCUUCUACCUUGAGUGUGUCAUCUUAUAAGACCAUUGAUGGACGUGGCCAACGGAUAAAACUCACCGGGAAAGGUUUGAGGCUCAAGGAAUGUGAGCAUGUUAUCGUAUGCAAUUUGGAGUUUGAAGGUGGUAGAGGACCAGAUGUUGAUGGGAUCCAAAUAAAACCCAACUCCAAGCACAUUUGGAUAGACCGUUGCAGCCUUCGCGAUUAUGAUGAUGGGUUGAUAGACAUCACCCGAGGAAGCACUGAUAUCACUGUUUCCAGGUGUCACUUUGCACAGCAUGACAAGACGAUGCUUAUUGGAGCAGACCCUUCUCAUGUCGGUGAUAGGUGUAUCCAGGUGACCAUUCACCAUUGCUUUUUCGAUGGGACUCGGCAACGCCACCCUCGUGUUAGAUAUGGGAAGGUACAUUUGUACAAUAAUUACACUAGAAAUUGGGGCAUUUAUGCAGUUUGUGCCAGUGUGGAAUCACAGAUAUACUCUCAGUGCAAUAUAUACGAAGCAGGGCAGAAGAAGGUGGCCUUCAAGUAUCUUCAUGAAAAGGCCGCAGACAAGGAUGAAGCUUGCAGCGGUUGCAUAAGGUCUGAAGGGGAUUUGUUUAUGACCGGAACCCAAGCAGGGUUGUUGACCGAGAAUGUUAUGUCCAACAUGUUUCAUCCAAGUGAAUACUACCCUACUUGGACAGUGGAACCUCCGUCAGAAGCUCUUAAACAUAUAGUACAGCAGUUUACUGGAUGGCAGUCUGUUCCUCGGCCAGCUGAAGCAUCUUCAUAGCCAAUUUGCCUCGGGACUUUUUGCUGUUGAAAUUGCCCUAAAAGACUCUGGACUCUUUAUACUGCAACUGUUCUUGCACGGCGUAUAAAAAUUUCAUAAAAUUUACCUUUUCAAUCAUAGGACAUAACCAUAAUAACUUAAAUAAUAUGUUGCAACAAUCUAUGGUCUUCUUGCUUUACUGAGAGAGAAUAUGAUGAUAACUUAUUAUUA